ACCCUUGCUGGGUGGGGAGGUUUGGUCCAGGACUUGUCUCAGGUCUAUUGGGAUUUGCAUUCUGCACUUUUCCUUCCAGUUUAAGCCUCGUUCGUUGGAGUUUGGAGACUUAAGCGCUCGAAAUCAAAUUCUUUGCCAUGAGUAGCAAGAAAGAACAUGUUAAAAUCACGAGUGAGCAUAAGCCUGGGUUUUUGGAACGCCUCGGUGAGACUUCUGGUGGAAUAGUCAUUGGGCUUGCUACUUUUGCACUCUCUUUCUACAUUCUUUUUACCAAUGAGGGGCGAGCUUUGAAGACCGCCUCCUCUCUAGAUGAGGGGCUUUCUCUGGUGGUCCCUCUUGACAACAUCCAGAAUGUAUUACAAGAGAAUGAAAGGAAACUCGUGCACCUGUCCGGUGCUCUUAGAACAUCAAAGCUUUUGUAUGAUCCCAGCUAUGGCCUUUCUAUCCGGGCUGUCAAACUCAAGCGUAACGUGGAGAUGUAUCAAUGGGUAGAGCAUGAAGAGUCCAAAGAAUAUGAAGAGGAUGGAGAAAAGAAAAGAGAAACCAAAUAUUCAUAUAAUACCGAAUGGAAAUCAGAAGUGGUGAACAGCAGAAAUUUUGAUCGAGAAAUUGGUCAUAAAAACCCUAGUGCCAUGGCUGUAGAAUCUUUCACUGCGGUUGCUCCUGAUGUCCAAGUGGGCAAGUUCUUUCUUUCCAAAGGCCUCAUUGAGAAGAUCGAUAACUUCAAACAGAUGAGCUUGUCAAAACUGGAAGAUCCCCAUGCUGAUAUUAUCCGCUAUGGGGAUUAUUUCUUUCACAGCGAGAAUCCUCGACGUCCAGAAGUAGGAGACCUUCGUGUUUCAUUCUUCUAUGCAGGUUUGAGUGGGGACUCGUCCCACCUGGGUCCAGCGGAUACGGUGACCAUAGUUGCCCGUCAACAAGGGGACCAAUUGUUCUCAUACCAAACUAAAUAUGGGGAUGUCCUGCAGAUUUUGUAUCCUGGUGAGCUCUCUGCUGAGGAGGUGUUCCAGAAAGAACAUGAGAGUAACACCAUGAAGACCUGGGGCCUACGGGCUGCUGGAUGGACGGCUAUGUUUGUAGGCAUCAGCCUUAUGACCAGAAUUUUUUACACCCUGGUGGAUUGGUUUCCAUUAGUCCGGGACCUGGUUAACAUUGGCCUGAAAGCAUUUGCCUUUUGUUUAGCCACUUCUCUGUCCCUGCUGACCAUUUCAGUGGGCUGGCUGUUCUACCGGCCACUCUGGGCCGUAAUGAUUGGAUUGCUGUCUGCUGUUCCCAUUGUGAUUGCGAGAUCUCGGGUCCCGCCAAAGAAGCAGCAGUGACAGCAUGAAGAAUGUGACUUGCUUUGGAACCAUGAUACAUCUGGAGCUUCUUUCAUAUUCAAGGCAAUUACCAUCGUGUGUGUGUGUGGGGGGGGGGGUUAAUACAAAACCUCCUUGACAUUGCAAUACAGAUGAUGGACACCAAAGAGUUCCAUAACAGACCCGGAUGCAAAAUUUUUGUACUGUUUUGUAUGAUGUUAUCAAAUGAAAAAAUUACAACUGUCCAAACUUGUCUUUGCCAAGAGGUUGAUAAAACAUGAGACAGAACAUUUGUGUGCCUGAUAGCAAGCACAAUUAAGACACCUUUGUAACUUGAUUAAAAUACCAGCCGGUCCUCUUAGGGAAGGAUAGGUGGUAUAUGGCUUUGAAAACAAUCUGUAAAUCAUUGCAACAUUAAUCUACCUUUUCUUUGCUGUAUCUUUAUAUGUUUUUAAAUAUUUGGAGUUCUUUUCACAUCUCACUCCACCUUUCUCUUGCUGUACUAGUUCUAAUCCUUGUGUUAGAUUUCUUGUGUAUUUAAGUUACCCUAACUGUAGAACCCUGAGUGAUGCAAGGAGUAAAAUGGACUUUCUCUUGGCUUUGUUAAAGUGUUUAUUGCCCCUUUUUCUUCUUCUGUUAUCCUUGAGUUUGAAACAGUUGUAUCCCAGUUUUUAAAGUGCAAGAAAGCUUUAUCUUGCUCCUAUGUCCCCCUUUUUAAAGAAUAAUGCAAAUAUAAAGAUGCUCAAUGAACUCAAUUAGAUUUGUACCAGUCAUAAAGUGUGUUCUUCACGUUGAGAUUAUUUCCCCCAAAUACAUCAUGUAAUAGUUUAAAAUUCCAAAUCAAAUAUACAUCACCUGGCAGAGGGGUGUGUGUCUAAUGCCUGCAUUAAGCAGGUGCAUGUAUUAUUUUUACUGAUGGUUCAGUUUGUAAAUCAUCGUGUCUAGCAACAAGCAUCCCUGUACCUCUUGGACAAAUGAUGUAUGAACAGCUACAGGUACAGUUACUGUUAGUGUUCACGUCUCUUAUACUUCUGAUGUAGUCAGAAAUAUAGGGUAGGUGUCUGUGUAUUAAACUUAAUCACUGCCACAUAUCAGUCAUUCCCAGGUGAUUAUUAGGGAUUAAUCAUAUUGUUUUUAACCUAAUAGUAACCACUGGAAGAGAGUACUGGUCCUACUACUGGAUAUCCACACAUAGGACCUCUACUGUUCAUAGACGUCAAUACUACCAGGCAUGGAGUCCUGGGCCACAUAAUCUGGUCACUGCUUGAAAGGAUAAAUGUUCUCAACAUUUCAACUCAGUCCAGAAAAAAAGGGAUUGAUACCACCUGCUGUUUAAGAUGCUUGCAGGAGUACUGAUUAACAUUUUAUUAUUGCAUCAACUGUGUGCUAGACUUUGGUACAGAAUGGAAGUAUUAUGCCUGUUUGCAAGCUAAAAGUUAACCAGUGUUUGUGUGCUUUACAAUAGCAACUUUUGAAAUUCUUGUUUUCUAUGGGUGGAAGUUCCAGACUUUAAUGUUUUAUGAAUAAAGCUUCAUAAACAGUG